GGGAAAUUGGCAAAGGCUUUUGGGUAUAUCCAACGCACUCUUGGAGUGCAAAGGCCCGAAGUUUCUGGAGAUAUAUCUAAGCCCAGUGGACUUUUCAUGUCUUACUGCUCAAUGAGACUUCUUCGCUACUUCUUGAAAGGAUUGCAAAGUCAGUCAUACAUCGCCUCCAAAAUGAACCGCUUCGGUUUUGUUUGCUUGCUCUUAUGGCUUUUCAAGGUCACGAAGGCACAAGACACGGGCCCAAGCAACUAUUGCGACAGCCUUGGAAUCUGUUACUCCUCGUUCACGAACUCUCAAGACAUCACAUAUGGAAUUGCAAUUCCUGAGCUCGACAGCGCACCAUUCGAUACCAUACUCCAAAUCGUGGCUCCAGCCCAGAACCAGUGGGCGGCAAUGGCUUGGGGAGGUCAAAUGACGUAUAAUCCUCUUACGGUCGCUUGGCCCAACGGAGAUUCAGUGGUUGUCUCUUCACGCAUGGCAACUGGUCUCAACCUUCCUCAGCCAUACGCUGGCGCUGAAUAUACGUAUCUGAGAGGCACUGGCGUCAAUGAUACACAUUGGACUCUCACGGUUCGCUGCCGCGGUUGCAGCUCUUGGGUCUACGGCGAUACCAGGACCUCGCUCGACCCUCUGAAUAGUACGCAAUUCGCUUGGGCGCAGUCUGAGACUCCGGUGUUGGACCCCGCGUCUAAUGCAUCGGCAUUCCAGGCCCAUGACAAUUUUGGUCACUGGUCACACGACCUAAAUGCAGCUCGAAGCAAUCAGUUUGACGCAUGGGUAUCUGACAACAUCCUCCCAACAUCCACGCCGAGUUCGACUCCCCUACCCACAAGCGCCCCAACACAAUCAAUAACGACAUCGACUGUCUCAACGACGACAAGUGCGACCGGAGGAAACAGCACAAGCCUCCCGACCGCCUGCCCGGGUGUGUCAGAGCCAGCGACUCCCUUCAGGAUAGCUGAGGGAUGGCGAGCCACGAAGGUUGCUGGAGAUUUGACCGCGGCUCGAGGCAUCGUUUUGGAUUCCCAAGGACGCCUCCUCAUUGUUGAGAACGGCAGAGGCAUCAGUCAGCACACUCUCAGUACCGACGGCUGCGUAGAAUCCAGCAGAUUGCUGAUUCCGCAAACUGACCUGAACCACGGAAUCUACUUGAGUCCGGACAGCUUCACACUCUAUGCAAGCUCCAUGACGACGGCAUGGAGCUGGGAAUACGAUCCCGCUAGUGGAAAUGUCUCGGACACACGCAGCGUCCUCGUAACGGGCAUGUAUCCAGGUGGACACGUAACAAGGACUCUAAUCGUGCCUCCACAUCGUCCGGACCUUCUCCUCGUCUCGCACGGAUCGAAUGGGAACCUAGACUAUGGCGCUUUGGACCCCGCUAUUGCCAGGGCCGUCGUUAAAGCGUUUGACUUGACUACUGUUCCAGAGGGAGGGUACAGCUAUUCUUCCGACGGAUAUCUUGCUGGGUACGGACUUCGGAAUGAAGUAGCCCUCACUUUCGACGGAAAUAAUAUGCUCUGGGGUGUCGAAAACGGCGCCGACUCAUUGACCCGCACAAUCAACGCUACAAGCACCGAUAUCCACAUUGACAACCCCGCGGACGAACUAAACUACCUUGGCGACGUUACGCAGCCAAACAACGACUGGUACGGGUAUCCUACAUGCCACACAGUCUGGUCACCGGAUGUCAUUACGGACAGAAGCUUCGCCGUUGGCGACCAAUUUGUGUUAGCACCGAACGCCACCUUUGACGACGAAACAUGCGUUGAGCGCUCGGUUCCACCACACCUAAGCUUCCAGGCUCAUUCAGCGCCACUUGACGCCAAGUUCGACUCUGAUUAUAGCAAUUUGUAUAUCACGCUUCACGGAUCCUGGAACCGGCAGCCAGCAACUGGGUAUAGACUUGUGAUUGUUCCAUACAGGCAGAGAGAAAGUGAUGGUGGGUAUGAACCAGUUGCAGCGGCUAAUAGUAGCGAAGGAUACCAGGAUAUCUUCUGGCAUGAUGAUGUUACUCAGUGCUCUGCGGUGCGGUGCGCAAGGCCUGUAGGGUUAGUGUUUGUGGGUGAUAGAUUGUAUAUGACGAGUGAUGCGGCUAUGGAAGGGGAACUCUUUUUGUUGGAGAGAUUGUAAUAUGAUUGGGAUGUAGUAGAGGAAUACUGAUCCAAACUCGCCGAAGAUUGACGCCGAAGUGCUCACUUGAAAAUGCCCACGUGAUGACCCGAAAUCCCCGAUGCCUACCAAUGCCGGGGCUCUCAUAAUCACGAGAUGGCGAAGCGAGGGAAAU